AUGGAGAAUGAUAAAGGCCCAGCCAUCAAGGCAGCCUGCAUUACGCUGUGGAUGUUGGGCACCGUUUUCGUCUGCCUCCGCCUGUUUACGAGAAAACAUAUCAUGAAAAAUGUACACGUCGAUGACUACCUGAUAAUUCUGGCUACUGCGUUUGGAUGGGCGAACACUGCGACGGCCAUCGUAGCCGUUGCGCACGGAAGCGGACGACACACCGACACACUCACUCUUGGACAGCAAGGAAAUGCCAAGUUUUAUACCAUAUUGUCAUUCCCUUUUGGCGUAUUGUCCUUCACAAUUCCGAAAUUCGCCGUGGCAGCGCUCCUCAGCAGACUGCUAAACCCAUCCAGGGUGCACCACGCCUUUCUAUGGGGUCUACCAUGGCUCUGCCUCAUAUCCGUCAUCAUCUGCAUCAUCAUCUUAUUUGCGCAAUGUACCCCAGCUGCUUUCAUGUGGGGUGGUGCACCAGAAGGGAAGUGUAUCAGCCCGUGGGUGCUCAUCGAUUUUUCUAUCUAUACAGGAGCAGCGCUCUCGGCCUUUACGGAUCUGUACCUUGCCAUCUAUCCCGCAAUGAUACUAUGGGGACUACAGAUAAACAUCCGAAAGAAGACGGCCCUUUCUGUUGCCCUAGGUAUCGGAUCGAUCUCCUGCGGCGUCGCCAUAUACAAAUCAACCCGCCUAGACUCCUUGGCUUCGCCGGACUUUAUCUAUGAUACGGCAGUUUUGGUCAUUUGGACCGCGGCCGAGGCAACCAGCACAGUCAUCGCCUGUUGCAUCCCCAUUCUGCAACCACUGGUGGAGAUUCUGUUCGGUCGGAAGAUACUCAGUGGCUCCUCGUCAUCCUACAAGAACUACGAUUAUCACAACGACCGAUCUGGGGAUAUGGAGCUUUCCAAAAUCGGACGCUCGGGAAUCCAGCAUACAGCAAGAACGCAUACCCUUGGCUCUCGUUCGGGUGACCCGGACUUGGAUUCCCAGGAGAGCAUUCUCCCCAAGGACAGCAAGGGUACCGAUAGGAAGAAGGCUCAGAUGCACGGUCGACAUAUCACGAGAACCGAUGUGAUAACAGUUACAUAUGACGACAGGGUUACGAUUGACAGCGAGCAGAAAGAUCAGGGUGUGACUACCGCAAUGUAG